AUGCACCAAAUGCACCACAUGGCCCCAUGGGUGCCUACGUUUGCCCAGGCCAUCGAGAAUGAACACAGUCUCAACGAAAACAGCCCUCCGUUUGUUGCUUUCCAGCUAGCCACCGUGGACUCGCACAGUGGAUUCCCCAAGAACAGAACGUUGAUCCACCGUGGCUGGCUCUUCGACGACAAGUCCAGCAACGUGUUGACGUUCACCACCGACAAGAGAAUGGCCAAGUACGAGGAACUCCUCCACGACGACCGGUUUGAAGCGGUGUACUGGUUUCCCAAGAUCAAUAAACAGUUCCGGUUCCGAGGCAAAGCCCGUAUUGUCGACGACACAUACACCCCCGUCAUAAGCAACGAUCGAAUCGUGAGCUCCAGCUUGGCCACGCCCUCCAACGCCAGCGAAGAGAGUCUCGUCAUUGGCAACGGCUCCGUCAAGCCAGUGUCGCCCCAGAAGACACCCAUAAAUUCCAGUUUGUGCUCUCCUGGCUUGGCGUCGCAGAUGUCGCUGUCGACAGUCGACUUGUCAUACACCAACCUCGCCAGGUUCCAGUACCAGGCGCCCAGCCUCGAGGAGUGGGAGGCCGAGCGGGUCAGACAGUGGAAGGCGCUCUCCAAAAACCUCAAGAAGAGUUUCCGCAAGCCCACGCCGUUGCUGCCGAUGAACGACGAGCUUCAGAAGAAAAUCGACUCCAUCAGAAGGGGCGUCGACGGUAAAAAGGAGGACGACGGCUUGAAGAACUUCGCGGUGGUGGCCAUGUUCAUUGACCACGUAGAUUUGUAUGAGUUGGAUAAGGAUAGAAGGUUGGUUUACGAAAGGGACAGUUACCAGCAAUGGGUAGAGCAAGAGGUGUGUCCAUAG